AUCUCAUCUUCUUCAUCAACAAUCUAUCACAACGCAGAAAAGAGUUUCUCUGAUAUUUACCAAUUAAAAGAAAGAAAGAAGGAGAGAAGAUGGGUUCAAGGAGCAAAGCGUGGUUGGUGGCAACAAGCAUCGGAGCCGUGGAGGCGUCGAAAGAUCAAUUAGGUUUAUGUCGAUGGAAUUACGUGAUCCGAUCGGUGAAUCAACGUAUCUGGAACAAUGUGAGAUCUGCUUCUCAGGCGAAAAGGUUCUCUUCUUCUUCUUCGUCCACCGUCGUUGCCUCCGGCAAAGAUGUUGAGAAGGCGAAGCAAGCUGAGGAGUCUCUGAGGACGGUCAUGUAUCUGAGCUGUUGGGGUCCGAAUUGAUGUUAUCACGGAUCGAUGAUUUGCUUUUUUUUUUCCGCCGUCGAUUUGGAUCGGGAAAAAAGAUUUUGAUUCCUCCGGUGAUAACUAGUCGUGGAGCGGUGAAAUCGAAGAACCCUUAAUCCGAAAUCCGAAUAUACGACAUGAAUGUUGGGGUUUGGAUUUGAUUAUUGUAGAGGCAAAGAUGAUGCUUGUACAGAACGUAGAGGAAUAUAAAAUUUCAAAAAUUUGAUGAUGUUAUUGAGGAGGAAAAAAAAGAAUACAUCUCAAUGUAUUUUAUAUCCCGGCGACGGAGAUUUAAAAUUCCGGCGAUGGUAAUGGAACUCAAAUAUGUAUUGAGUCAAUGUAAUUAUAAUUGGUCAACAAAACAAAACCGAGCAAAGUUUUGUUUUCUUUUAUUACUCCAUCUUCUGAAUUGCAUCUUCACUUCUCGUGAU